AUGACUGCGGAGACGUCCGGCUUGGAAAGGCUCGAUGCUAUCUUGGCCGACCUCCUGGCCGACUGGAACAUAUACUCGACCGUGAUCGCCGGAGCCAUAGUGGUCCUUGCUGGAUAUUCGUUGUUGCUCAGCUUAAGAGAACCAGAUGUUCAUCCAUAUUUGCUUGCUAGGCAGGCGACAGAGGCGCCCGUCAGACAACCUGGCGAGUCCGCGGCAUUCAGAAACCUAGAGACACCCCACGGGUUCCCCUUGAGGACGGGCCUUAAUGUGAAGGAUCCAGACGCACCGAAAUGGACAGGGGGACGAAAUGGAGACCUCCGCGAUAUCUGGAGGGCUGCCGUCCGGGGAUCGGUGGGUGAGAAUGGCACGCCCGCUGGGAAACGGGGAAAGAUCUAUACCGUACUGGGGAAGAACUUGGAGGAGCAUGAUCUGGAUGAUAUUACGCAGGAGAUCAAUAUCAUCGGAAAGUAUAUCAAUGAGUCGCAGGCCAAAAAGGUGGUCGUGUCUCUGUCCGACUCAGUGGAGCUCCUGGCUGCUAUCUUUGCUGGCGCUUUCUACAACUUCCAUGUCGUGAUUGUCCCGCACAACCUUGCCCCAGAGACUCUGGCAGACUACGUUCAAAAGUCGCAAGCUCAAGUACUGAUUGCUGAGGCCGGUACCGUCGAUCUUGCUGCUGUCACCAAGGGCAACAAGCAACUGAACCACGCCAUCUGGGUUGCAAAGCCAGUUAGCAGGCAUAUGGAUUGGAACGAGGUGCCUGCGGGCGUUGGCGGAGAAAUCGAGGUGUCUGUCUGGCAUGAACUGGUUAAAGACAAGAAACACUCCGUGGGAACUGAAGUUCCGCCGCUGGACCCGAAGUCAGAGACUCCGUCUAUUACGACUGUGUGGCCAUCUGCGUCGGGUGCUGCUGAAUUUGUGGAAUAUACGCCUCAGAACCUUGUGGCUGCGAUUGGUGCCCUGGGUAACUCUCUGCCAAGGAACCAACGAUUGACGCCCGAUGACCUUGUCCUUUCGAUUGACUCCCUCUCUCGUUCUUAUCCACUGUGCUGGGUGAUGGUCGCCCUUUUCUCCAACGCGUCUGUGGCCAUCAAUUCUGUUUCCGGAGAAGGCAUCGAUCUCGCGCUUGCGACAGUCGGUGUAUCGCCAACGGUCGUCAUCGCCUCUUCUCGGACGGUGUCCGACUACCAUAAGAAGUUCAUGCGUCCCCACACUGGACUGCUCUCCACAAUCGGUCGCAAGUUCCAGGCCCAAAGCCUUGACGCAGGCAGAAUGCCAACACAGAACCUCCUUAGCCGGCUGGCCAAUCUUGCACCGACUGCUGAGCUGUCUUUGCCGAAGUUGCGGUUGCUUCUUGUUUCCUAUCGCGUGGAUGACUCUCAUGAGAACCUCCUGAGCUCUGAGCAAUUGACAGACCUGAGAAUUUUCACCGGCGCUCGCGUGGUCUAUGCUUUGACCGCUGCAGGAGUGGCGGGAGCCAUCGCCCAGACUCACCCAUUCGAUUACAGAAGACACGAAGGGCCCGCUCACUUUGGACCCCCAUUGAGCAGUGUUGAAAUCGUCCUGACUGGCCAUCCUGAGAAUUCGGGUCUUGAGAGAGCCGUUGAGGGAGAGAUCACCGUCGCAGGGCCCGCUGUGGUCUCCAAGAAAGUGUCUUUGUCUGUUCGCGGACGUUUCCGUAAUGACAACACCCUUGCAGUGUGUAAAUGA